AACGGCUCAGACAAGGAGAACUUAACGGUGAGUGUUUGCUUGAGUGUCAAGAGCGACAAAAGAGACGAAAAACAACAUGGGGGAAAGAUUUGUGGUGGUCCCUGUAGACUCUGGAGAGAUGAUUGCCAGUGGGGGAGAACACACAGGCAAAACUGAAGCUCGCCCGGCACCGGACACCGGUGACAGCGGCAGCACUGGUGCUGGCACCGCGGAGGAACAAGAGCCGUUGGAGGACUCUGUGUUCGAGCCGCAAGACCCCGAGGCGGCGGUACCUAUCCUGGAGUACAACAGGGAGCCUAAUAAGUACGGUGAUGGCGUCCCAAAGGAAAACAGUCCUUUCAUCAACAACACAGAACAUGACAAGAACAACAGUUACGAUGGCACCAACAUGGCACUUUUUGAGGAGGAGAUGGACAGCCACCCGAUGGUGUCAUCACUUCUCAAUAAACUGGCAAACUACACCAAUCUCACCCAAGGAGCCCAUGAGCAUGAGGAAGCUGAUGAAGAGGAGGGUUCCAAGAAGAAAGCCAUUACGAGCCCUCAGAUGGGAACCUUCAUGGGUGUCUACCUCCCUUGCCUUCAGAACAUUCUGGGGGUCAUCCUGUUUCUGCGCCUUACCUGGAUCGUCGGCACCGCUGGCGUCUUGGGGUCCUUGGUGAUUGUGGGCUUAUGCUGCUCAUGCACGAUGUUGACAGCAAUAUCCAUGAGUGCAAUUGCUACCAAUGGUGUAGUACCAGCUGGAGGCUCUUACUACAUGAUCUCCAGAUCUCUGGGUCCAGAGUUUGGUGGAGCAGUCGGUCUCUGUUUCUACCUUGGAACAACCUUUGCAGGCUCCAUGUACAUCCUGGGUACCAUUGAGAUUCUGCUGACCUACAUUGUGCCUCAAGCAGCCAUCUUUAGGGCAGAGCGAAAGGAGGAGGCAGUUGAUGCCCUGCUCAACAACAUGCGUGUCUAUGGCACAUGCUGCCUUAUUCUCAUGGCAAUAGUUGUCUUUGUCGGGGUCAAAUAUGUCAACAAACUUGCACUGGUCUUCCUGGCUUGUGUAAUUCUCUCUAUCCUCGCCAUCUAUGCUGGAGUCAUCAAGUCCAUUUUUGAGCCACCGGAUUUUCCCGUCUGCAUGUUGGGGAAUCGAACUCUACAAAACCACAACUUUGACAAGUGUCUGAAGACUGAGGUCAUCGAUAACCUGACGGUCACCACCAAACUGUGGAGUGUGUUCUGUGAUGGACCUGAUCUCAACGCAACCUGCAACGAGUACUUUGUUAACAACAAUCUGACACUGGUUCAAGGCAUCCCCGGCCUGACCAGUGGAGUCAUCUCAGAAAACAUGUGGUCAGAGUACGGUCCUCUUGGCAUGUUAGUCGAAAACAAGAAGCUGUCAUCUUUUGGUGAAAGUGACCCUACCAAGGACAUUUACCUGCCCUAUGUGGUCAACGACAUCACCACCUUCUUUACACUGUUGGUUGGAAUCUACUUCCCCUCUGUCACUGGUAUCAUGGCUGGUUCAAACCGCUCAGGAGACUUGAGGGAUGCCCAGAAGUCCAUCCCCAUCGGCACCAUCCUAGCUAUUGCCACCACUUCUUUUAUCUACAUCUCCACUGUGGUUCUGUUUGGUGCCUGUAUCGAGGGAGUCCUUCUUCGAGACAAAUUUGGCGACUCAGUGGAAGGGAACCUUGUUAUUGGCACGCUUUCCUGGCCCUCACCCUGGGUUAUAGUGAUCGGCUCAUUCUUCUCCUGCUGUGGAGCAGGUCUGCAGAGCUUGACAGGCGCUCCUCGACUCCUGCAGGCUAUUGCAAGAGAUGGGAUUAUCCCUUUCUUGCAGGUGUUUGGUCAUGGGAAAGCUAACGGAGAACCUACAUGGGCUUUGCUACUGACAGCUGGGAUCUGUGAGAUCGGCAUUCUCAUCGCCUCCCUGGACUCUGUAGCUCCCAUCCUUUCCAUGUUUUUCCUUAUGUGCUACUUGUUUGUCAACCUGGCCUGUGCUGUUCAGACCCUGCUGCGAACCCCCAACUGGAGGCCACGCUUCCGAUACUACCACUGGGCCCUGUCCUUCCUGGGUAUGAGCUUGUGUCUGGCCAUCAUGUUCAUUUCUUCCUGGUAUUAUGCCAUUGUUGCCAUGGUGAUCGCUGGCUGUAUCUACAAAUACAUUGAAUAUCGAGGGGCCGAGAAGGAAUGGGGAGACGGCAUCCGUGGCCUCUCCCUCAACGCCGCCCGCUACGCCCUUAUACGCCUUGAGGAAGCUCCACCACACACCAAGAACUGGAGGCCUCAGUUAUUGGUGCUCCUGAACCUGGAUUCAGAUCAAGGUGUCAAACACCCACGUCUGCUGUCCUUAACUACUCAGCUGAAGGCGGGAAAAGGCCUGACAAUAGUGGGGAAUGUUUUACAGGGAACCUACCUCCUUAAGGACGCGGAAGCCAAGAAGGCUGAGCAGAACAUCAAGUCAGCGAUGUCUGCUGAGCGUACCAAGGGUUUCUGUCAUGUUGUGGUGUCUUCAAACCUUAGAGAUGGAGUCUCCCACCUCAUUCAAUCUGCAGGCUUGGGGGGCAUGAAGCACAACACAGUGCUGAUGGGCUGGCCUGAAACCUGGAGGCAGUCCAAUGACCCAGAGUCAUGGAGAAGCUUCAUAGAGACAGUACGUGAGACCACAGCAGCCCAUCAGGCCUUACUUGUAGCUAAAAAUGUGGACAGUUUCCCCACUAACCAGGACCACCUCGGGGAGGGCACCAUUGAUGUUUGGUGGGUGGUUCAUGAUGGAGGCAUGCUGAUGCUGCUGCCCUUCCUGCUGAGACAGCACAAGGUGUGGAGGAAGUGCAAGAUGCGCAUCUUUACUGUUGCCCAGAUGGACGACAACAGCAUCCAAAUGAAGAAAGAUCUCCAGAUGUUCCUCUACCACCUGCGGCUGAAUGCUGAAGUGGAAGUGGUGGAGAUGCAUGAUAAUGAUAUCUCAGCCUUCACUUAUGAGAAGACACUGGUGAUGGAGCAGAGGUCUCAAAUGCUGAAACAGAUGCACCUUUCCAGGACUGAGAGAGAAAGAGAGAUUCAGAGUAUCACUGAUGAGUCGCGUAGCUCAAUCCGGAGGAAGAACCAGGCAGAUACCGAGAACUCGAACGUCAGCCGGCAGUCCUCAACAGCGGAGGACGUUCAGGAGGACGAGGCCCAGCUCAUCCAUGACAAGAACACAGCUUCUCACGUCACUGUGAAUGAUAAGGCUGAAGCUGGGCCCGAGCGGGUGCACAUGACCUGGACAAAAGACAAGCUCUUCACAGAGCGGAACCGCAACCGGGAAUUCAACGCCAACGUGGCUGUCCGGGACCUGUUCAGCAUGAAGCCAGAGUGGGAGACUCUGAACCAGUCGAAUGUCCGUUGCAUGCACACAGCUAUCAAGCUGAAUGAGGUGGUGGUCAACAAGUCGCAGGGAGCCCAUCUGGUGUUGCUCAACAUGCCAGGACCACCGAAGAACAGAGGAGGAGAUGAAAACUACAUGGAGUUCCUGGAGGUUCUCCUCGAGGGUCUCAACCGCGUUCUACUCGUGCGAGGCGGAGGCCGAGAAGUCAUCACUAUCUAUUCCUAAAAAAAAAAAAAAAAAGAAGUUUGAAGACUCUCACGCCCAUCACUGCACAUAAAGGCAUGUUGCCAUGGAUACCCGUCCAAAGGCAUUUUUGAGAGAAAAAGCCCAAUUUUUUUUAUGAAGUGUUGUUGGAAAGCGGGGCCACUUGUGACUGACAGAUGAUAUGAAAAACGUCAGUGUGAAGGAGAUGGCUGGAGGCUGAUUGACUAGCUGGAGCGAGAACACAGUGUGUCCAUGCUGGGCCACAGAACCCCUACAGAGGAAAGAUAGAGCAUAGAGACACUUUAUGUCCGUCAUUCAACCUGCAGCACCCUGUUCUGUUCAGAUUCUCUCCGUCGUGUGUUUAUGUUGUCGAGUUACUGCCUCUCGCUGUCUAAAGCUCAGCACAAAAGAAGUGAAUGUGUUGUUCAUAUAAACCUUGUAGUUUUUUCAUGUUUCUGGUGCAAUCAGCUCGGGACUUGAGGAGAACCUGCACAAAAAGGUUACAUGAUGAUAUGAUACAGAGUGGGUCUAAGGAGGAAAAUCAGCUUUUUGCUGAUCUUUUUUUUUUUUUUUUUUGAGAAGUUAUGACACACAGUGAGUUUCCUUUUUCAAUACUUGUCAGAUUGAACUAGUUUAGAAGCUGCUUUAACAUUGUGGUUAAAUAUUGUUCCUUUCACUCUCAUGUCAGCAUCCAACAUUGUGUUCUGUCUUUUUGUAUUUAACAUGUUAAAGGACCAGCCAGUAGGAUGCUUAAUGUGCACCUUUCCACUAAUGCUGUUUAUUUCUUUCUUUUAUAGGGAAAAUAGCCAUAACUGAUGUGCAUUUAGAAUCUCUGCAGGAGUGCUUGGUUGGGAAUAUAUUCUUUUUUUUUAUUAUCAAAUGGCUGUCUGACAGCAUGCAUUAGUGUAGCAUUUGAAACAGAUCUGCUUGAAGGCUUGCACAGAAUGAAAUGGCCGUCAGGAUUGUUAGUGCUUUACUCUAGAAAACGGAAGCACAAGAAAUCCCGUGUGAUUCGUGUAAAUCUUCCCGUACUGUUAAGGUUACAGCACUGUUAACUUUGCACAUCCUAUCUCUGAGCACUUUCACUUGAUUUGUCAAGCCAACUUUAUUUUUGUCAACACCUCUAAAUUGUUAACAGGAGCUAGAAGAAGAAAAGUGUUUGUAUUGUUUUUUUUUUUUUUAUUAGUCAUGUUUCCGUGUUUUUAUGAUGUUUUAUUCAACAAAACUCUUUGGCUUUGAGUCCCAGACUACAUAGAUGAGUUGUUCUGUAGGAGGAAAAAGUGCCAAAAUGACCACAAGGAAACUGUGGAAGUAUGAUUAUUUAAUGCAGCUCCGACCAUGGCCGCACUGAUUUUACUCUCACUCUUUUAUAAUCUUUGGACGACCUUUAUUUAAACAUAAAAAUUCACUUUAGCAGAGCUCACCAUUUUUAUGGGGAUUGUUUUCAAAGCAAUCUCCAUGUGGAAUAUAAAAAGGGCACUUCAAGUCAUCUAACGUGUGCUGCAGAGAAGGUCUGAGGAGGAAGGAUGCGUGUACCUCCACAGUUUCUGCUCCUGAUUAGCCGUGCAGUAUUUUGUUAAAUGGUCCCAUUUUCCUGUAUGUCUGUGGAGGCAAAUGGGACCUCCUUAUUGUAGUUCAACAACGUGUGUAUGUUACUGUUGUGUUCAGGUGUUCAUGUAUGCCUGUGAAAAUGAAUAGUUGUUCUUUUUCUGUGUAGUGUUUGUUAUAAUAUACAUGAUCUUCUGCUACUUUAUUUACAUGUGGGAAUUUGACAAAAAGAAGAAGUUUUGGUGUGAAGACAGCAACACUUGUCUUUCUUUUCCCCUCUGUUUUUUGUGUUUUUCUUCCAACCUACGAGAAACACAAAGACCCAGAAACAAUCUGGGCUAAAGCUAAAGUUUGAGUUCUGUUUCUACAUGAAGUUCAAUGUUACCGUUUGUUUUACAUCAAUAGUAACCAAAGAUAAAAUAUGUCAUAAAAAAAACCCACACUGUUUUAAAAAGUUUGGAAGUUAUAAAGAUGAAUAAAUGAAAAAAGGUU